UCAAUAAGUAAGGUUUGCACUGAGCUGUGGUGUUAAAACGCUGCAUUACCACUCUAGCAAAAUGAGUGGUAGGGUCAGCGUAUUAGAUAUACUCGAGAGUAACAGGCAAGUUCUAGAUUGGUUUACGCAGUCGUCCGACCCCAAGCAAAGCAUUCUAAAUGCUGUCAGUCUCCAAAACGUCAAAGAUGACGAUGUGUGGAUUACAAGUUUUCCUGGGUCUGGCGCACACUUGAUACUUGCACUAGUCUCUGAAGCAUUGGGGCGACCUCAACCUUCCACCCAGGUUUGCAGCCCACAAACACCCAGAUGCGUAGAGGAACUGAGCCCCGAAGAGCUGAUGCACCAACUUCAAUCCCCGUCCCCUCGAGUAUGUCUCACGCACCUGCCUGUUAAGUUAAUUGCACCGUCCAUUCUACGUUCUUCCUGCAGGAUAAUUCAUGUGUACAGAAACCCAAAGGACGCUUAUGUAGAGUUAUACAAACGACUGCGCCGACUUCAACAAAAUGGAUUUGACGUAACAUGGCAUGAUUUUUUCACAUUUUGUUUAAAAUCAAUAACAGAAUCCACACAAGGUUCAGGAAUUGUGAACUGGUUUGAAAGCACUGCAGAAUGGCUUCAGCUGCCCAAACAACGAUCUAAUGUCCUCAAUUUAGCAUUAGAAGAUUUGAUCAAGAAUCCAAGCGGCGCUCUUUCUAAAAUUUCAUCAUUUCUAACCACGUCAAUUAACGACGGCGUUGACUUCAUCCCAUCUAAUAAACGACAACGAAGAGAAGAGCAUCUUUCAAUUGAUGACAGUCGUGCAAAACCCUUUGAUUUAGAUACAAUUCCGUCGGACAUCGGUUUGCCGGGAGAAUGGAAAACAAUGUUCACCGUGGCCCAAAGUCAAAUAUUUGACGACCUUUGGCAGCAAUCAAAUGUCCAAUUCCAAUGAGACAACGGAUAAUAAAAUUUAUCACUCAUUGUUUACUUUAUACUUCACAUAAUACUUAAUGUAGGAACAACUACAAAGCGAGUACACGGAAGUACUACGUCUCAUAGAAAUAGUGCAAACCCGAUAGUGUACCAAUUUAAACAUUUAGUCAUUUACAAUAAGACCUUGUGAUUUAACACAGUACCUAAUAUUGAUCAAGACGCUUUCCUGUUGGCAGAAAUUUUGAUCUCGGUUAAUAUAUAUCAAACGGAAGUAUAUGUUUAUGACGCAUUACACUGACAAUAUGCCUGUCCCGUGGACGGCCUGAUAAGAAGGUAUCAUUAGGUUGAUUUUAAGUAUAAUAAAAAAAUUAAAGCUGAAUUUCGAUUUAUGGAAAUACAAGUUCAACAUUGUUCAAGUUCAACAUUGGACAUCUUAGAUUUAUAAUAAAACGUUCACAUUCAUUUUUAAGUAACAUCAGGACAUCAUUUACAGGAUAUCAUUUACAGAUGAAAUUCAUUUAAUCAAAAUUGAAUAUUUUUGACAAAUUAAAAUCAAUAAAGGCAAAAUAAAUCAAUAAAGGCAAUUUUAUCCCUA